CAAAGAUUAUUAUUAGUUGGGUGCCUUUGCGGGAAAAAAAAAUCUAAGAGAGUAAACGGUGGUUGUAUCAAAUGAAGUGAUUUGCAUUUGCAGCCUCAAUUUUGAUUUACAGCAAAACCAAACUUGUUAGAUUUGAGCGAGAAGAAGGUGGGAGAUGCGGUCAGUAGCACUUGGUAUUGCCAUUUCUCUAACACCAUCUUCUCCUUCUUCUUCUCCUUCUUCUUCCUGUCAUUGUUUUUAUAACUCUUUCUCCUUCAACAAACUACUUCCAUUUUCUUCCUCCUCCAAGAUCUCUGCUCAUUCUAAGCUUGAUCAUCCCUUUCUUAUUUCGUCUGCCCAUUUUCCAGGGAAAUGGGUUUGUCAAGCAAGUCAAGUGGCAGACUUGUUUCCAUCCGUGUCACCUCAAGUAGUUGUUCGGGAAGCUAGAUUGGAUGAUUGUUGGGAAGUGGUCGAAACACAUUGUAGCUCCUUCUUCCCUGAAUAUUCUUUCCCAUUGGAUUUCGUCAUGAGGCUUGAUAGACUCGUGGCUAUGGUAUUUGGAUUCCCUGUUCCUAGUGGUUGCAUAAGAACUUGUUUGGUUGCUGUUAUUGGUAGCUCUGCAGAUAUCUUCCACUUUGAGACCGAAGAUCUCAAAUUUGGAGGUUUUGAUGCUAAAUUUUCUCUAAAUCGAGGUCAAGUUGCUGGGAUAUUAACUGUCGAUACUGUUGCUGAUUUCCUGCCUAGAAAAGGACCAUUGAGGCAGCGAAGGACUGGGAUAGCUUACAUUUCAAAUGUGGCAGUUCGAGAGAAGUUUCGACGAAAGGGGAUAGCAAAAAGACUCGUUGCCAAGGCAGAGGCUCAAGCCUGGAGUUGGGGUUGCCGUUCUAUUGCGCUUCAUUGUGAUUUGAACAACCCGGGGGCUACAAAUUUGUACAAGAGCCAGGGUUUUAAAUGCAUAAAAGUUCCCGAGGGGGCGAAUUGGCCUCAACCCAAGACCACCCCAGAUGUCCAGUUCAACUUCAUGAUGAAACUUGUAAGUGCUCCUAUUACCCCAUAAGUUGUGAAUAGUCCGAAGAGAUUAUAUACAUAAGGCGAGCAUUGGGAGUGAUCGGAAUUUAUUCUUGUAUAAAAUCUGCCUCGUUUCUUAUAAAUGAACUUUGUAACUCUCGUGUCGUUGUAAUGCUAUGCCUCUGUGAUCAAAUCUCGUUUCUUUGUCGUGUAAUUUCCUUCAUUUUGUUCCGUAUCGUGUAUAUAUUAUGAGGAGUGAUCGGAAUUUAUUCUUGUAUAAAAUCGUCCUCGUUUCUUGUAAAUGAACUUUGUAACUGUCGUAUCCUUGUAAUGCUAUGCCUCUAUGAUCAAAUCUCGUUUCUUUUGUCGUGUAA